AUGGAACCAAGUCUUCCUCAAGGUGUUGGCUAUGGUAUAGUGAUUGGUAUGGGGGCAUUCUUUGCAGCCCUCUUGAAUGGUGUUACAUUUGUUCAAAAUAGAUUUACUAAGUACAACUCAAACAAGGUUGAUGAGUUCACGUCCGCUUCGAGAAACAUUCCAUUCGGGUUGAUGGUGUGUUCUAUUCUUUCAUCUUGGACUUGGAGUUUGACCUUGCUACAAUCUGCCACAGAGUCUUACUCUAUGGGAUUCUGCGGUUCAUAUUGGUAUGCUGUAGGUGGGUUACUACAAGUGUCGGUAUUUUCCAUUGUUGCUUCGAAAGUUAAACAAAAUGCAAAUUUAGUUACUACAUUCCCUGAAAUGAGUUAUUUCCGCCAUGGUACUCCAGGACAUUUGGCUUUCUUAUGGUGUGGAAUAGUUUGCAAUGCAAUCGUUUCUGCCUGUAUACUUUUAGGUGGUGCGGCUGUAGUCACUGCGAUAACCGGCAUGAACCCUUAUGCGGCUCUUAUGCUCAUACCUAUCGGGGUUGCAGUUUAUGUCUCGUUUGGUGGACUCAGAGCCACCUUCAUCUCAGAUGCAACCCAUACCUUGGUUUUGAUUAUCUUCAUUAUUGUUUUUGUAUUCGAAGUCUAUACCAGGGGCGAUAAAAUCGGGUCCCCUCAAAAAAUGUGGGAUUUAUUGCAGGAAUUAGAGCCGGUUGCAGAUAAUUAUCACGGUUCGUAUUUGACCUUUAGAUCGAGACAGGGUGCAAUUUUUGCAGUUCAGUCAAUUAUAACCGGAUUUGGGUUGGUGACGUGUGACCAAGCAUACUGGUCAAGAGCUAUAGCGUCUGAGCCUAAAAGGACUUCGCAAGCUUACUUCUUUGCAGCUGGAGCAUGGUUUGUAAUCCCAUUUGCAAUGGGUGCAAGUUUAGGAUUGGCUGCAAGAGCAUUAUCAAACUACUCAGAUUUCCCAGUAUUGCUGGCAGAUGAGGUCUCAGCUGGCUUGGUGAGUGUCGCUUCAGCAACCUACCUAAUGGGAAAGACUGGCUCCGCAAUGAUAUUGGUUAUGGUAUUUCUUUCAGUGACUUCGUCGUUUUCAGGUGAACUUAUUGCAACAUCAACUUUACUUUCCUACGAUGUCUACAAAAGGUACAUUAAGCCAAGUGCCUCACCUCAAGAAGUUGUUUUCGUUGCAAAGGUUUCAGUAUUUCUUUGGGCACUUUUUGCAGGAGGGCUUGCAUGUAUAUUCAAAGGGCCAGCAAAGAUUUCAAUGGGAUGGUUAUUCAAUUUCCUUGGAGUUGCUACUGCUUCUGGUGUAUUUCCAAUAGUGUUGACCUUCACUUGGAAGGAUUUGAACAAAUGGGGAGCUGUGGGUGGCUCAAUUGGAGGGAUGCUUUUAGCUUUAAUUGUAUGGUUGGUUACUUGUAAAGCCUAUAUAGGAGAGAUUAAUGUGACUAAUCUUUCUAAUCAGUGGGUAUCAUUUGCAGGAAAUGUAGCUGCGUUAAUUUUAGGAGGAAUUAUUUCAAUAGUAAUUUCUCUCAUAUGGCCUGCCGACUUUAAUUGGGAUAAAACAAGAAAUAGAACUAUAUUAAUUGACCAAAAAAUUGAUGACCAGCAAUUAACCUCAGCUCCAGAAUUUGAAGAUUCAGGUUUUAGCAAGAACGAGAUUGAUAAUGACCACUCCGAUCAGAAUAAGAUAGAUCCACAAGCCAUAUCUACCAGUAUUCUGGGGUCUUCUGAGUCUGAAGAUGACUCUAGCGAAAACUUAAAUGAAAUUGAUCAUGUAUACUUGGAGCAUCAAUUCAAGAAGUACACUAUUUUAGUACUUAUCGUGACUGCUAUUACUGCUUUCAUCUUACCUAUUGCCUUAGGUGCGUCACCGUAUGUGUUUUCUCCCAAAUUUUUCACUGCCUUUAUCUCUGUAAUCAUCAUUUGGCUUUUCUAUACAUUUGCACUAGUGAUUAUAUUGCCAAUUUGGGAAGCAAGGUUAGACAUUUGGAGAAUAACUAAAGCGAUAUUUGGUAAAUAG